AUGUCUCAAAAUACUGAAGCCCUAGAGCAAUUGUCAGAAGAGGAGAGAUUUUUCGAUAUUCAAUUCCAGAAAUGGGAAAAGCAAAUAGAAAAGUGGAAAGAGGAAAAUGCUAAUCAUCCUGAUAAAAAGGCAUAUAGUGAAUAUGAACAAAAAUUUGAAGCUUGUCGAGCACAGUUAUUAGAGCGCCGUCAGCAAAUGAAACAAAAGAGGGCUAGACUAACUAGUUCUACAACUCAAAUACCUAACAGUGCAGUUGCGGGUCAAUCUGUUAGGUCAAAGUGGAUUGAAGAUCCAUUAUUUACACCAUCAGUUAUAGUUGAUUAUGAACAUAAACCAUUAAGAUUGAAAGCUCGGGACUUUAUUGAACCUGUGCAUGUGUUUGAUUACAACCAUAAAUCCAAGGAAACUGAUUACAAGAAGAAAGAUUUUGAAAAAGAAGUAGAUGAACUUUUCUUUAGGCAACCACCAAAAAAGGAACUUGAUGAUGAUGGUUUUGUUUCUGAGAAGUUUCAUCGUGAUCUACAUUAUAGAGACUACGAAAAAAAGCCUCGAGACUACACUAAAGAAGAUUACAGACAAAGAGUUCCUUUGAGGGAGGAAUAUGUCGAAAGACGUAGGUAUGAAGAUAAAUAUGAUGAUAGAAAAAAAGACGACUCAGAUAAAUAUAGAAGAAGGGAGGAUAUUUAUAGAGAUAGAGAAAAAGAUUGGGAAAAAGGAAGAGAUAGAGAUGAAUAUAAUAGGGAUAGGUAUAGAGAUUAUAGAAAAGAUGAUAAUAGAAACCGUAGUAGAAGUAAGGAGAAAGAAAAUCGUAAAAGGGAUCAUAGUAAAGAAAGUGAUAGUGACAGAGGCAUUAAUACUUUAAAAAAGGCAAAAGCAACUAAUAAGAAUGACAUAACUCUAGCGAAGCAUAUUGUAAUGAUUGAUGAUAUAUUAGAAUCACCGGGUCGAGAAAUGAGACCAGAUAAAAUAGUCAUAAUAUUAAGAGGGUUACCAGGUAGUGGUAAAUCAUAUUUAGCAAAAUUAAUUCGCGAUAAAGAAGCUGAGCAUGGUGGAACUGUUAGAAUAAUGUCUUUAGAUGAUUACUUUAUGCAAGAAGGUGAAAUAGAGGUUAAUGAUCCUGUCACAGGGAAAGUGGUAAAAAAACCAUCUUUGAAGUAUGAGUAUGAUCCAGAAAUGGAAGAAAGCUAUUUGCAUUCAUUAAAACGCGCUUUUAAACGCAGUCUAACAGAUGGAUAUUUUUCGUUUUUGAUAUUUGAUGCUGUAAAUGAGCAAUUAAAAUCGUAUGCCGAUGUAUGGAACUUUGCAAGACAGAAUGGAUUUCAGGUGUACAUCUGUACCAUGGAAGCAGAUGUGGCAACUUGUCACAAGAGAAACAUCCACAACCGCUCAUUGGAUGAAAUUAAAGCUAUGAAAUGCCGAUUUUUCUCGACUCCUGCGCACCACAUCCAACUGGAUCCAACAACUCUGCUACAGAGUGCUGCUAUUACUGAAGUGCAAAUGGAAGACGCUGAUGAUGGAGUCACAAUGGAGGAUACAGUGGAGACUGAGGUUGAAAAUCAUUUUACAUCGAAAUGGGAGAAAAUGGACGACGCCGCACAACUAGCCCGCCUCGACGGCACCAGCAAGCCUCUACGACCGUCUCAACUCUCCAUGGAAGACUACCUACAAAUAGACGAUUGGAAGCCUAACGUGGCUAAACCGGGAAAGAAAACUGUGCGAUGGGCCGAUAUAGAAGAGCGAAGGCAGCAAGAGAAGAUGCGUGCUAUCGGAUUUGUUGUGGGUCAGACCGAUUGGAACCGUAUGACGGAUCCUACUAUGGGGUCCAGUGCACUGACACAGACUAAGUACAUUGAAAGAGUGAGACGCAUG